AUGUCAGACUACUACUGGUUUGAAGGAAUACCUUUCCAUAAUUUUGGGUUUGGAAAAGAAAUAAUUAAAGAAAUUCGUCAUAAGUUUGUGAUCAGAGAUGAAGACACCAUCAUACUGGCUUAUCCUAAAUCAGGAACUAACUGGCUGAUUGAGACUGUCUGCUUGAUUCAGAAAAAAGGAAAUCCAGAGUGGGUCCAAUCUGUGCCUGUCUGGGACCGCUCACCCUGGAUAGAAACAGAAGUCGGAUAUCAAACAUUAAUAAAUAAGAAAGGACCACGAAUGAUCACCUCCCACCUCCCCUUACAUCUUUUUCCCAGAUCUUUCUUCAGUUCUAAGGCCAAGGUGAUAUAUGUCAUCAGAAAUCCCAGAGAUGCUCUUGUGUCUGGUUAUUUUUUCUGGAGUGAGACAAAAUUUGCCAAGAAUCCAGAGUCAAUGAAAACUCAUUUUGAAUCAUUCCUCAAAGGAAAUGUGCCAUAUGGAUCAUGGUUUGAGCACACUCGUGGCUGGCUGUCCAUGAGAGAAAGUGAAAACUUCCUGCUACUGUGCUAUGAAGACUUUAAAAAG